AUGGUAUGGCGUGUGCUGAGCAGUCCGGUCAGUUUUUUCGACGCUACGCCUCGGGGCCGGCUGCUCAAUCGUUUCUCUACUGAUCUGGACAACGUCGACACGCGGCUCUUUUUGGCAGCAAAGCAGGUGAUGCAGGCGCUGCCGGUGGCAAUUGCCAAGAUUAUCGUGACGGGCCUUCAGUCAACGACCGCUGGUCUUUUGGGAGCCUUGGCAGCAGCAAUUUUCUUUGUGCUCAUGGUGUGUUUAGCCAAGGCUUCCAAUGAUGCGAGACGCCUUGAAAGUGUGGAGUACUCUCACCUGCUUCAGCACGUGACGGAGACUCGUGACACAAUGACCGUCGUUCGCUCGUACAGAGUGGAAGAACGCUUCUGUAGUCACUGCUACCGGCUCAUCGACUCAACUAUUCGGGCGCUAGUCACAUACCUUGACAUUGUACGGACACUACGAUUUUCCGGAGGACUGUCUGGAAUUGUGACCAUCUCGGCAACCCUCGCCUCGAUCAUGUUGACACCGAGACCGAGUCCCAAUGCAGCAUACGACGGCAGCAGAAUUGGGCUGGCUCUUAGUUCAUCUAUGGGGAUUCCUCUCCUCAUCAUGGCCGUUUCUUCGGGAGUGUUCCUCUUCUUCCAAACGUUCGUGUCUUUCGAACGUUGCCUGGAAUACACUCGGCUUCCUCCAGAGGGAGCAGCAAUUCUCACAAUCCUUACACUGCAUGACUGGCCCUCCAAAGGAAAAAUUCACUUUGACGGCUACACAGCAUCCUACCGACCCGGAGUUUUGCCAGACGUACUGGUCAACGUGUCUUUCAGGGUGCAUUCACGUGAGAAGGUUGGCGUUGUCGGACGCACCGGAGCAGGAAAAUCGUCGCUUAUGAUGGCACUGCUCCGUGUCUUGAGACCCUCUGCUGGAUCUAUUUUCAUUGAUGGAGUCGACAUACAAUCCGUCCCGCUUCGGACUUUGCGGUCUGUCAUCACAGUUAUACAACAGGACCCAUGCUUAAUGCGAGGACCGCUGCGGGAAGUCCUGGAUCCCACGUGCACUUGCUCCGACGAGGAAGUCAGGCAGGCGUUGGUGAAGGUACACCUGACGGACCUAGUCGCACAACAUCCGAACAACAUAUUCAUGGAAGUGGGUGAAGGCGGCAGCAACCUCAGUGCCGGACAGAGACAACUGGCGUGUCUCGCAAGGGCUAUGCUGCGAAAACCGCGGAUUCUGGUCCUGGACGAAGCCACGUCUCACAUGGACGGCGACACGGACAGGCUGAUACAGAGGACAUUGCGAGAGGGCUUCAGCGAGUGCACGAUGCUCACCAUCGCUCACAGGCUGGACACCGUGUUGGACCACGACAAGAUUCUAGUCAUGGAUGGAGGCCACGUUGCUGAGUUUGGACCUACGCUUGAGCUCGCAUCGAAUUCGUCUUCUUAUUUUCACACCAUGCUGAAUAGAGCAGGACUUACAGCGGAGGAUGUUCGUUCUGUUUCGGAGCCGAUCAACACGGUUAGCUCUUACCUGUAGGUCUGCUAACUGACGCAAGGUGUGAGCCCUGAUACACGCCAGAAGUGAUACUGGAAAUAACAAAACGAUGAGGUGUGUAAAAACCUGUCUGAACACAGUCACACUGUUAUCAGCUUUGCAGCCUAAUAACCGGAAGAAACAAGGCUGAACAAGUCAUUUAAAUAUAUCAGUACCACUCCACUCUGUGAAGGUGGAUGACCUGCGAAGCUGUGUAUAGUGAUGACUAUAUACAGUGCAUGGUGAUUACUAUAAUGAUUGAA